CUGGCUAGGAGGGACCAGAUCCAGUACGAGGAGACCAUGCCAUGGAGGAGCGCGGAGGUGGCCGUGAAUCUAGGAGGAGGUGGCGGGGACAGGGCGCCGUACAACUGCCCGACGAUGAUACGCGAUCCGAAGAGGAUGAGGUGCUAUUUGAGGAUCUCUUUGGUCAUGCGUUUGAUGGAGUGAAGGUGCUACUUGAGGAUUCUUUUGUUUCCGCAUCUGAUAGCAAGAGCCCCAAGAAUAAUCUGAAGUGUAGAUCAUUUAGUGUUUCUACUCUUUGCUCACCUUCAAGGUUUCUACCUGAGAAGUUUGGAGGCAACUCACAUGGAUUUCAUUACAUUGGUAACCUUGCUGAUGCUACAAUUAUGAAUGUUGAACUUUGUUGUGAGAAGCAAUUCAAUAAGUUGGACCUAGGGCCUCCCAAUUUUGACAGCAUCUGUGGAAUUAUACUGGCACAAAAGGUGAAGUGCUGGCAGAUCAGGUGUCUAACUAAAGCCCCGCAAGCUGCUGGUGCAAUUCACACUGAUUUUGAAAGAGGCUUCAUGUGUACUGAGGAUAUGGUGUUGGAUCUUUCGGAUAUUAGCAAGGGGAGCAUCAAAUGCAUUCACUUUACCGUUCUGAAGUUACAAAGGAAGGCAAUGAAUCAAAUUGAAGAUUUGAAGGCAAGGAACAUAGCCAUUCUGUGUUUGGAUGAUGGUUUUGAAGAAGUCUUAUUAAGCUUCAAAAGUGUAAUAGCGCAAAUGCGCCAGAAUUCUUAUGAUUAUGGCAAGCGAGUUGAUCUCUCCAAGCGUUAUGGACCUGGCUGCAAGGUGUACACAGCAGGAGGAGCUGGGGCAUUCCAUGUGAUAAUUCAGCAUUGCAAAGCGUCAUUGCGCAUGUCUUUUUCAGCAAGAGACAUGUAUUCCAGAGCUUGGAGAAAUGAGUUGGGAACAUUUGUCAUGGCACCAGAUGUCACAGGGUGGUUAUACAUAACAAAUGAAGACCAUCAAACUCUUUCGUUCACAAGCAGUUAUACCUAUGGCGGUCUUGGUGGAGACGACGUCAAGGACACGUGGAUUGGCGUUGAUGCACUCCGUCACGCAUUUCAUGUGAUACGCAAGUCAGAUGGAAGGCACACAGACCUUCUUAGACAAGCUAUCAAGAUUGUCAGCAUUCACUUGUCAGAAUCAGCCCGCCUCCAGUCAGUUUUUGAAGUAGUUUGCAAGUCCAUGACUGAUGAUACGUGAACCACUUUGGAUGUUGAACCUGAGGCUGCAGCCGGUGCUGCUGAAGCCACCGGCUGCAGCCGGUGUUGCUGCAGCCGGUGCUGCUGCAGCUGGUGCGGCUCGGCCAAUAAGAACUCAUACCCCCUCGUUUUGGGUAGAGAAUUAUGGUUACUACUCCAAACAGGCGAUGAAAGCGGUUGACAAGUAUAUUUCAGAAAACGAGGAGUACACAAUUGAAAAUGUUAUGGAUGGUCAGGUAAAGUCAGCAGAGGAGAUCUUCAGGGAGAUCCGGAUACUAUCCCGGGAUGUGUAUCGCGACGGUGUUUUUGCUGAUAAAGUUGGUGAUCCACCGCUAGCGCCACCAACGGAAUCUCCUCCGGAUGCCACGGGAUAUGAUGUAGAAUUUCCCUAUCCACAGUUAAGUGAGUGGGAAACCGGCAUGUCUCAGUAGGCUGAAAAUUAUUUCAGUACAGCUCAACCAGCAUGGUUGGAAGGCAUCCUCGACCAAUCAUUACUCUGCUUCCUUGGCCUACAGUUUGUAGUUUCUUGGCUCCAUUGACCAGUCUUCCCUGGAAAAAAUCUGGCACAUCAAGGCUGAAGAAAAAGUGAGAUUUUUCAUUUGGCUGCUGGCACAAAAUAGGCUUCCCACUGCUGACAGAUUACAAGCAAGAGGCUGCGACCACGAAGACACAUGUUCUCUAUGAUCAGACACUUGAAACCGCGGCUCACCUGUUCUGCCACUGUCCGUUUACUGCCGAAGUGCAAUUCAAGCUGCACUGUAGACUGCACCCCAACCAAGAUGCUGCUACCAGCUACAACAACAUUCAGGUCCCAACUGUUCAAGACUGGUGGGCUCGCCACACCUCUGCCCACAAGCAAGACGCCCAGCAAGCCAUGUACCUCGCCUGGAACAUUUGGAAUGUAUCUUCAACCAUGUUGCUUGAACCACUGACGAUGUUGCCUCCUUGAUUAUCUCUGACCUCAACCAUUUAAGGGUAGCCUUACUUAGACCGCCACCUGAACUAGACUGAUGGCCAGGGCUAAUUUUUUGUACUGUGCCUAAUGGCAACUCCCUUGUACAUUCUCUAUCUGUAAUGCAAAGGCAGAGCACCUGCCAUUCGUCCUCAAAAAAAAGUAUAGCACCACCAGAGACGUGCUGAUCCCAAGACUUCAAAAUCUUGUUGAUUAGUGGUACCUAACAUACUGUAGCACUUUCCCAGUUUUUGCACUCGUACCAUCUCCGAUAUGACGCAAUGCCUGGAUCCCAUGUGGUGGAGUCACCACAUGCAUGUGUAAUGCCAUUUGCCGAGAAUACAGGAUGUACUUCAGAUUGUUCAGUUCCAGUGCGGCUGUCAAAGUACAUAUGGUUUGUUCUAAUAGUUCUAACAGUUUCAGUGGGUGUGAUGAAAACCUUGCACUGCUAGGGCUCUGAAUAUUCUGCGGUUUCUUUGGCCAAACUUCAUUGGCAGUGUAAGCACUGGCUUUAGGACAAUAUGAAUCAAUAUGCUGCUGCUUCGGAAUCACUGAUUAUGAAGUAAUCUUCCUUUUUAUUCAUUUUUUAUCUGUAAAUGGAAUUGUUAAUGAAUAUGCUACAUUCGCUGACUCUAUUCCAUUCCUUGACUUUA